GAACAGUUGCAAAAAACUAGAGGUACUGGUGUUUUAGUUUUAAGUCAGUUGAUUUGAGAAAGCAUCGCUUAAUUCAAAGCUAAAUAUUGUUUUGCAAAUCAGUGUGCAAAGAUGGAAUUCAGACUACUCAUCAUUGAUUUGAAGCUAAUGCAGCAUUUUACCGGAUAUUACCUUCUUUUGAUUCUAACAUCAAUUCACCAGGGAACUUGUGCAAAGCCAGAUUCAAGUUGUUUGACAAAUGUUACAAAAUGUGAUGCUUUUACCAGCAUGAACCUUACUGAGGUGACUUGUCUGGGAACCAAGGUAAAAUUCAACCACACCAGUUUGAUGUUUGCAAAAGAUUCGAGCAGCUUUGCGGAAGUAAAGGAAAAGCUGCGGUUAUGGUCGGGCCUGCGUAAUGUGCCGCGUUGCUGGGAUGUGGUGCAGUCGUUCCUGUGCUCUGUUUAUGUGCCACAUUGCUACGCAGACACAAACCAAGUGGAAUUACCCAGUAAGGAAACUUGUGAACGAGCGCGAGAGCCUUGCAAGAUCGUGGAGUCCUACCACGGAGGAUGGCCAGACUUUCUCAGUUGUGACCAGAAUUAUUUCAAGGAAGCUUGCAAGAACGAGGACUAUGAUCAGAGCAGCUUUAACAAGACGUCGUCGUGUCAGUGGCCACUGAUCGUCACUGAGAACAAGGCUAGCUGGUAUGAGGAAGUUCAGGGGUGUGGCCUGAAAUGUCAGAACCCGUUGUUCACGGAGGCAGAGCAUCAACAGGUGCACAUCUUUAUCGCCGUGCUCGGCACGCUUUGUUUGAUCUGUACACUCUUCACACUGUUGACGUUCAUCAUCGAUUGGAAGACAGCAAGUCGCUACCCUGCCAUGAUCCUGUUCUUUGUGAAUGCCUGUUUCUUCCUGGGCAGCAUCGGCUGGAUGGCUCAGUUUGCGGGAAACGCCCGAAAUGACAUAGUCUGCAAGUCUGACGGAACAGUGCGGCAGGGAGAGCCUCAACUUGGAAGCGAAGAGUCCGCGUCUUGCACAAUUGUGUUUCUGGUGGUUUACUACUUCCUGUUAGCGGGCGUCACAUGGUUUGUCAUGCUGUCUUACGCCUGGCACAUCACCUUCCGGGAGAUGGGAACCCCACGCAACUCGCUGUCCAACAAAACCUCGUAUUUCCACAUCAUAUCCUGGUGCUUCCCACUUGUCCUCUCCAUUAUCUGCCUGGCCAUAUCAGAGAUUGAUGGGGAUUCUGUGAGUGGCAUCUGUUUUGUGGGCUAUUUCACACACUCUGUGAGAGCCAUCUUUGUCUUAGCACCAAUAACUCUGGUCAUGAUAGCGAGCCUGGUAUUUCUGGUUAUGGGUCUCAUCACACUGGUCAAGCUGAAGAAAGGCACACCCGGAUUUAUCAGCAAUAAAGCCACAGCCAAAAUCCGGGAAACCAUUCUACGUAUAGGAAUUUUUGCAUUUUUAGCUGUAGCCUUCAUGUUCAUCACCUUCGCAGUUCACCUUUAUAUUUUCACCAAUGAGCAGGCUUGGAGAGAUAGCCUGCGAGACUAUAUUUAUUGCUUAGGGAACACAACCACAGCUACCUCCAAUAAAACAGUCACAUCCUGCGAGAUUGAGAAUCGCCCCAGUCUGGUUGCCAUGGAGAUCCACAUUUUUGCGUUUUUUAGCGCGGGAAUUAUCAUGAGCUCCUGGUCUUGGAAUAAAGCGUCAUUUAAUGCCUGGGAGAGAUUCCUCAGAAAAAUUUUCAACAAACCGUCCAAUAAGCCUGUCAAACUGAGGAAACACAAAAUGAUCGCCAGGGCAUUUGAACGUCGGAAAGAAAUGACCAACAAUGGCCGCCUGUCAAUCAGUUUCCAGAGUACCCAUGACGACCCGCUAGGUAUGAAGUUUGAGUUGAACAGCGUGAGCUCGCGGGAAGUGUCGUCAUCAUUCGCAGCUGCGAUGCCAAAGUUGGUACGGAGAAGAGGUGGCAUGGUGCACCCUAUAGCUGGGACGCUGCGACGAUAUUCAGACUCGGAUAUCGGAUCUGUGGCCUCUAAUCUUGGUAGACGUCGCUCAAUCGAGUCUCAGCUGAGCCAGGCAUUGCAGAUCGUUGAUCAACAGAAAGAGGAACUUCCUAAGAAAAAAAGGAAGAAGAAGAAGAAAAAGUUCAACCGAAUCCGCCCCUUAUUGGAGCCUAUAUCGCAUGCCAUGGCUGCAGCGCGCAAAGCCCAUGGGUUGCCAAGGAGACGAGGCAGCGACACAUCCGUCAUCAGCAAAGCAUCUGCCCACAGUAUUCGCUUCUCGAUAGAGCGCAAUGGCGCUCCGCAGGGGUCUCGUCCAUCAUCCCAAUCCUCUAGCUUGGAAAAUGUGUCAGCGAUUGAUCUACCUUGCAAACCAACGGCAACUAUCAACAUACCUAAACCACAUGUCACAAACUUCUCCAUGUUCACAGCCAGCUCGCAUCGCCCAAAUCGCUUGGACCACAUUGAACUCAUUGACCUCUCUGCAGAGGGACCAAUCACAGGCAGGGCCACACAGGUCAAAGUUGAAAUGUCAGAGGUCGAGUUCCACAGAGAGGCUGGGGAACACAAUGGUGGCUUCACAGAUGACACACUUCACCUCUCUGAUCAAGAUGAUUUGAGCUCAGUGGAGGCGUGACUGAAAUGACAUUUGAUCUCUUUCUCAAGAUGAUUUUGAGCUUAGUGGAAGUGUGACUGACAAGACAUUUCACCUUUCUGACCAGGAUGAUGUGAGUCGAGUGGAGGCGUGACAAGAGACUCGCUGAUCUGGAGGAUAUGAGCAUAGUGGAGGUGUUACUGACAAGACAUUUGUCUUCUCUGACCAGGAGGAAGUGAGCGCAGUGGAGGCUUGAGUGACGAGACAUUACACUUCUCUGAUAGGAGGUCCUGAACUUAGCAAAGACAUGGCAGAAGAGACAUUUGACCUCUCUGACGAGGAUGAUGCGAGAUCAGCGGAGGCGUGACACGAGACAUAUCACUGCUCUUACCAGGAGGAUUUGAGCUCAGUUGAGGCAUGACUGACGAGAUGUUUACCCUCUCUGACUAGGAGGUUCUGAGCUUAGUGGCGGCAAAACAGACAAGACAUUUCACCUCUCUGACCAGGAGAGUUUGAGCUUAGUGAAGGCAUAACAGACAAGACAUUUCACAUCUCUGACCAGAGGAUUGGAGCUUAGUGGAGGUAUGACAGACAAGACAUGUAGGGUUUAGACCACUAUUCAGCAAACCAUCAAGGUAUAGGUCACUGUCAAGUAAAACGUCAUGGUAUAGGCCACUGUCCAGCAAACCGUAAGGGUAUAAGCCAUUGUCCAUCAAAAUUUCAGGCUAUAGGCCAUAGGCAACUGUCCAGCAAACUUUAAGGGUAUAGCCCACUGUCCAAAAAACCUUCAGGAUAUAGGCAACUGUCCAGCAAACUUUUGGGGUAUAGCCCACUGUCCAGCAAACCUUUGGGAUAUAGGCAACUGUCCAGCAAACUUUCGGGGUAUAGCCCACCGUCCAGCAAGCCUUCAGGAUAUAGGCAACUGUCCAGCAAACUUCCAGGGUAUAGGCCACUGUCCAGCAAACCUUCGGGGUAUAGGCCACCGUCCAGCAAACUUUCAGGAUAUAGGCCACUGUCCAGCAAACCUUCGGGGUAUCGGCCACUGCCCAGCAAGCCUUCAGGAUAUAGGCA